CUCUCUGACGAGCUCAUUUAUAAACCGCAAAACCCUAGCCGUUGUCUUUCAGAGGAUUCAAUCGUCUGCGCAGAGUUGUCUUUCACGGCGUAACUCUGUCCUCUCGACAAGAAAAUGGUCACUUUCAGGUUUCAUCAGUAUCAGGUUGUCGAAAGAGCUCUCCCGACAGAGACCGAUGAGCACCCCAAGAUUUACCGGAUGAAGCUCUGGGCAACCAACGAGGUUCGUGCCAAGUCCAAGUUCUGGUACUUUUUGCGGAAACUGAAGAAGGUUAAGAAGAGCAAUGGACAGAUGCUUGCCAUCAACGAGAUCUUUGAGAAGAAUCCGACAAAGAUAAAGAACUAUGGCAUAUGGCUGAGGUACCAGAGUCGUACUGGCUACCACAACAUGUACAAGGAGUUCCGUGAUAUAACCCUGAAUGGAGCAGUGGAACAAAUGUACAACGAGAUGGCGUCCAGACACCGUGUUAGGUUCCCGUGCAUCCAAAUCAUCAAGACAGCCACUGUCCCGGCCAAGCUCUGCAAGAGAGAGAGCUCUAAACAGUUUCACAACAGCAAGAUCAAGUUCCCAUUGGUGUUCAGGAAGGUCAGGCCGCCGACCAGGAAGCUCAAGACCACCUAUAAGGCUUCGAAGCCUAACUUGUUCAUGUAAAACUUCUUCUGAUUCGAGGUAAUAGUCGGAAAUUGUGGUUUUCGGGUUUGCUUUUUUUGGAUUGUGUUGGAUAUUCUUAUUUAUGAAUCUUGUUAGUGGUACUGAAGAGGUUGUUGAAUUGAGAUCUUCUUGGAUUUUUUUUUGCAGUUCAUCGGUUACUGUUUUUGCUUAUGAAACCAUUUUUUGUUUGUUC